GGUGUUCUACUUCUACCAGAUUCGCGAUUCCAACGCCGCAACAAUCCUAUCACCAAAAGCCACCAACACUUUAAUCCCAAAACUAAAGACUACUCCAAAAAGAUAAACAAUACUUUAUUUUAAGCACACUCUGCUAAUCUAUAUAUAAUUCACCAACAAUAACGAACAACACUUGUCUUCCAAAGCCCAAACAUAGAAAAUCAAGAUUUAGCCCCUUCUUUUCGUCAACCCUACAGCCUGUGAUGAUGUGAGUUCUCUUCGUUUUUAGAUAUAGAAGCAGUGCUUCCCGCGUUAUCACCAAUUUAGCUGCAAAAUUUAUAACCACUUCUCAUUGAAUUGAAUUCUUCGUAAAGAAAAAAAGAAUGGAAAUGGUUUUUCAUUCUCGUAUCGAUAGAGAGAUUGAAACGCUUAUAGAAACAAUACAUCCUCCCAAACCAAGGGUUUGUAUAGAUAAUGAUUCUUGUAAAGACUGUACUGUUGUGAAGGUGGAUAGUGCAAACAAGUAUGGGAUAUUAUUGGAGAUGGUACAGGUGUUGACAGAUCUUGACCUAAUCAUUUCAAAGUCAUACAUUUCUUCUGAUGGUGGAUGGUUCAUGGAUGUGUUCCACGUCACUGAUCAAGCUGGCAAGAAGUUAACAGACAAUAAUCUCAUGCUUCAAAUUGAGAAGGAACUGGGAGCAACCAGAGCAAAAGGGGACAUUAUAACGGAUGAUGUAACAGAAGAUGAUAGCUACGAGGAAUCACAGUCAAAAUACUCAAAACAAAUUGUGUCAACAGAAGACACAGCUUUGGAGAUGAGUGUUAUGGACCGACCAGGCCUUCUAUCAGAAAUAUCAGCAGUUUUAUUAGAAUUGGGCUGCAACAUCAUCUCAGCAACAGCAUGGACCCACAACAAAAGAGCUGCCUGCAUACUCUACGUAGAAGAGGCAUCCAAACCCGGGCCCAUUAAAGACCCAAAACGGUUGGCCCAAGUAAAGGAACAACUGGAAAGCGUAGUUGAGGCCCGUGGAGACAAGGGAGAGAGGAAGAGUGUAAGGUUGAGAAACUUCGCCGACGGGCGCACGCACACUGAAAGACGGCUUCACCAGCUAAUGUACGCCGAUAGGGAUUAUGAAGGCUGUCAUGCCUGUCAUGGAGACAGUAGCGGAGAGCACAGAAAUGGGUGUGAUGGGACUCAUGUGACUAUUAGUAGAUGCGAGGAUAGAGGGUAUUGGGUGGUGAAUGUGACGAGUAGAGACCGUCCUAAAUUGUUGUUUGAUACGGUCUGUGUGCUAAGGGACAUGCAGUAUGUAGUGUUUCACGCCGCUAUUAGUUCCAAGAAAUCCAUAGCCAAUCAGGAGUACUAUAUAAGGCACAAAGUGGAUAGUUCAGCUCUCCGCACAGAAAGCGAGAGGAAAAAGCUUAUUUUAUGCAUAAUAGCUGCUAUAGCGCGCAGAGUCUCGCAUGGUUUAAGGGUUGAUAUUUGCACCGAAAAUAAAAUGGGUUUACUAUCGAAAGUGACCCGUGUGAUUCGUGAAAAUGGACUAUCAAUACCAAGGGUUGAGAUUGGAACACGAGGAGAGAAUGUGGUGGGGACAUUCUUUGUGACGGAUUCUUCAGGUCAAGAAGUUAACCCAAAUAUAGCAGAAUUGUUAAGACAAGAGUGUGGUGGAUCAGUUGAUGUAGAUAUUGAUCACAAGAUGUCGCCUCAUAUUUUAUCUCGAUCAUCAUCGUCGUUGAGUAUAAGUGAAAACAGUAAUAUUGUUGAGGAUAGGCCAAGACUUUCAAUUGGAAACAUGCUUUGGUCUCACAUAGGUCGGAUUUCAAGCAAUUUUGGCCCCACUAGAUCCUGAGAAGCUCCCUUCUACUGAACCGGAGUUCUACUACUGUGUAUAUAGAAAAUUUUAGUUAGUUUCUUUUUUUUUCUUAUUCUUUUAAAUUUCAUUUUCUUAAAGCGAAGGGAAAAGCCAGAGAUACAGUUUCCUGGUGUGUACAUAUCUUGCUCACAUGAAUAAAUAUCCUAGGCAAUUCUACAAUGAGAAAUGAAAUACACUAACACAUCAAAACAUAAAUGAGCAGUGUUUUGCUGAUACUCUUAACUUCUGUCAAUAUUUAAGAUUAUUUGAUUUUUGUAUGAUCUAAUAAGUAAAUGCUUCAGAUUUAUUGCAAUUUAUUGACUUCUGGCCUA